AUGGAAACAGUUGGUGCUUUGCGGAUUUUUGAAAGGUCAUACAUAUCACGGGGUCUACAAUAUAAGGACAUGCUUGGUGAUGGGGACUCAGCAACAUAUAAUAAAAUUGUUCAGAGGAAGCCUUAUGGAGAUGAAUGUAUACCCAAGAAAUUGGAGUGCAUUGGUCAUGUCCAAAAACGGGUUGGCAGCAGGUUGCGCAAGUUAAAAAGUGCAAAUAAAGGUUUGAAAUUGGCUGAUGGGAAAGGCCAAAUGGCCAAAUCGAUUAAAGCAAGUUUAUACCAUGUUGCUUCGACAGAUUUAAACCCUCAACAUCAUCUUUGUCCGAAUGGCGAAGACAGUUGGUGCGGAUACAAGAGGGACGAAGAAUCGUACAAACACAAGAAUGGUAUACCUGAGUGCAUUGUCAAGAAAAUUAAACCAAUCUUUGAUGAAUUAAGCCAACCUCAAUUGCUCCAAAAAUGCACUCAUGGAAUGACACAAAAUGUCAAUGAGUGUCUAAAUGGCCUAAUUUGGGAUCGCUGUCCCAAAACCACAUAUGUGGAACAUGAAACUGUAGCUCUGUCUACAUAUUUGGCUGUCGUGAAAUUUAAUGAUGGGGACAUUUCCUUUCUAAAGAUUUUUGAAGACUUAGAUAUCAAGCCUGGUUCAUUUACUGUACAAGGUUGUCAAGAUUGUGACCAAUCACGAAUUGAGCUGUCGGCCAAAAAGAGCAAGGAAACAGUAAAAAGUAGAAGAAAAACAUUGAGGCACCUCAGGAAAAACUUUGUUGAUGAGAUAGAAGAGAAAGAAGGUGUGGUUUAUGAAGCUGGAAGCUUUUAACACUUUUUAAGGUACAUUGACAUCAAAGCAAACUUUUCAAUUCAAUUUUCUCAUUUUUGCUAUUUCUCAGGUAUCAUCGAUCUUUGUGACUUUAUAAUUUUGUAAAUAUUAGCUGUAUUAGAUUGAUAUUUGGUGUGGUUACUUUCAAUAACAUUAUCUAGUGAAUAAAGCUCUUCAGAUAUUGAUAUUUUUUAUCAUUGAUGAAUUAUUUGCAAAUUGCUUCCACAAAGGCACUAAUUUAUUCAUAAAAUUAUUCAAAUAUUUAAAAUUUGGCUCAAUUUUUUUUUAAAGGAUUUUAAACAAAAUUGAAGAGCUUUAGGCACUAGUUCAUUCUCCAAGCUUUCUGAAAAUAUAUUGUUCAUUAAAUUUGGUUCAUUGGUUCCUGAGUUAUGAUGUUUCCGAUGCUUUGCAAUUAUGCGUUAAUUAGUGGCCUCCAUAUUGGAUAAUUAGUGUAAUUAAUGUUUUUCCCAAAUUUUUUUCCAUGGGUCAAUUCUCUUUCCCUUACCCUUUCAAAAUAUGAUAUUUUCACAUUGAUCUCUUUAAAACUAAGAAAAAAGUUGUAGUGGGGUUUGACUACCUUACCACGCAUAAAUUUUUUAUAUUAUGGUAAUUGGCAUAUAAUUUUAAGAAGAAUCUAUAUCUUCAUUAUUCGCUUACAAAAUUUUUCAGCAAUUUUUUAUUAUUAUUUUUUGGCCAGCUUUAUUCUUCAGUUUCACGUUAGCAAUAGAUUGGGAGCGCUUCUUGGUUAUCUAUUUUAGAAGACAAGGGCUACACGCGCAAUAAGUUGUGGCUCUCUCCUCUGCAGAGGUUUAAGUUGUCCAUGAUUAAUUAAGACGACUAGUAUUGAAUACAUUUCGCUACACUUUACAUGGCAGAUUUGUGGGAUGUUGUGUAUCAAAUGUCAAGUGCCAUUUGCAAAUUUUCGACUUUUUCGUUUGAAUAUAUUUCGCUGAAGAAAAGUAUGCUUUUUAUCAUAUUUUGUAUUGGAUAAGUGACUCCGAAUUCUGCCGAAGGCUUAUUUGAUCUCAAGUAUGAAAUAUUACUGUUUAUAUAGCAUAUAAUUAUAACGGCCAUCGACCCUAUUAUCUCAUUUAAUAUCUUGUGGCUGUUGUGGCUGGCGGGCUGCUAAAAUUUGAAUUUGCGCGCGCAAGAAUUCGUACGUUUUAUAUUGCGUCAAAUAUUAGUUAAAAUCAAGAAUUCACAUUUUGAAUAAACACAUUAUUUUAAAUGGUAGGUUGUACUUGUUUGGCAAAACUCGAAAGCGUGUCUGAAACCACAUAGCAUAAACAAUAUGUGAAUAUGAAUAAUUAUGGCUACAUUGCUGAUUGCUACAAGUCUAAAAGCCAAAAUUAUUUGAGAGUAUAACUUGAGGAAAUCACAAUGUUAUCUAUCUGAAACAGAAAAUUGUUAACCCAAUAUAUAGAAUUGCUUAAGAUUAGCUAGACUGCCAAGUGGUCCACCUAAAAGCAUUUGGUUGCGAAAUAUCAGGAGGAACAACUCGAGCAAGUUCAACAACUCAAUUGUUGUUUAGAUAUUUUGCUAAUUUCACAGUCGAUUUAACACAAUUAGUUAAACCGUAAACACUACCACAGUAUAAUGAAAGUUUUUGAAGUUUCGCGCGAAGAAUGAAAGCACUCAGUGACGUCAUUUUUUUGUGAAACCGCUGGCCUUGGCUGGUCUUACGCGUCCGCUUGAGAAAGACAACAUGGCGUCGUUCUAUAAGGGCUCUUACAAAUUUCGAUGACCAAUUCCUCCUUACCUAAAAAGAAUUGUCCUUUCAAACUUCGCAAGUAACCUAACGUAAGUACAAUCUCUUGUUUGCACCUCAAUAUCUUUUUAGUGGAGUGUUCCGUUAAGAAACACUUUCUGGUGUAAUUCUACACUUGGAAAAGUUAAUUUACACCGGUUUGGUGUACAAAUGGAGGCAAGCAAUUUACACCAUCUUUGUGUUAAGAAACACUUCUUGGUGUAAUUCUACACUUCCAUAGUGAGUCACAUUCGGACGAAGAGACAAACCAUGACAAUAAUAACAUUUUUGAUGUUACUGUUAGUUUUGAUGGAACAUGGGCAAAAAGAGGAUUCACUUCAUUUAUUCGUGUUUAAUGCGAGGAAUUAUGCUGUUAUUGUCAAUCAUCAUAGUCAAAGACAACAUGACUGCCUUAUAAUGGACGAAUUCGAACGAUGACAAAUGUAUGGUUUACAAGCAAAUUUGCUAAAGCCACGAGAUGUACUCGAGCGUUAGCGGAAAAUGGAAAAAGAUCCAGAUACAACGUUUGUCUAUUCCUUAGAAUUACAUCAAAAUACUGAGAAUCGCGAACUAUAGUGUAUGUUGAACUAUUUAUCUCAUUGCCAUUGGAGACGCGAGUCAAAUGAGGAACCGCUCGAGUCAGCGGCUGAAAUGUCUUGGCCACCUCUUCGUGUUAAGAAAUGUAUUUCUCACAAAAUAUGUGGGUGUUAUGAUUUGUGUUGUAGCUGUAUAAAAGCUAACAAGAAAAUAUAUAUGUGUUGGAUUAACCAAUCCAGAAUUCAAUCUUUUCAAAUAUGGUGGUAGGCAAAAGGUCGCGGCAUGAUGAGCAUGUUGGUACCAUUUUUUACCGAACUCGAAGCGAGCUGUUCCGAUUAUGCCCUUCUAGUUUUAUGGACAUCUUCGUGUUUAGUCUGAUAAACCAUUGGUACAUUGUUGUUCGUUCUUUGACCCCAUUUCGAUAAAUGUUGUAUGUGUUGUAGUGGCUAUGCUAUGGUAAAUAUUUGCGAAGAUGAUGUUUGGUUAUGAAUAAUGAAGAUGAAUAUUAAAUAUUUACUAAAAUUGAAGGAGCUAAAGACUCGGUUCCUGAUUCAAACAAUCAUAUAUGUGUCUGAAGACCUUCAUUUUAAAGUUUUUCAAUAUCACAAAUUACUUGCAUGGAUGCUGGUUUCAGUUAUGACCAGUUCCUUAAAGCGCAUGAGUGCACGCAGACAAAGGCUAUUUCCCGUACAAAUGGGUCGAUUCCAUCGAGAAAUUAAACUUUCCCACAAUUUCCUGCAUUUCAUUAACGUUGUCCAAUACAGACAUCACAAACAAACAAACAAACAGUGCGAGUAUUGCCAGCGUGUAUGGGACGAGAACGGUAUGGAAACCUUUCAAGAGCGACUUUUGGAAGGAGAGAGACAUUGACAUUUUUAAGGAUGGUGUUAGUGUGCCCAGACUUACAAUUAAAUAUUUAUUUUCCAACGUGCCAAACUUUUAUUUUUCAUUCUUCGGCGAGAAGGAUAAAUAUUUAUAUUAUACAAUGAAAGACAACAACGCCAGGGGCCGCAGUAUAAUAAUUAACAUUGUUAACCGAUACCAUGAGAAGGAGAAAGCAUUUAUACGCAAAGUGGAAAUGAGAGCAAAAGGAAAAGAACUGAAACAGUGCAUACGACGCGAUUUUGGCAGUUGUGUUGGACGUACACUAUUUGUACUUUAUUGAUGGUCAAUUGAUUUUUGCAGUCGUGUGAGAUGUGUAACUUUUGUUUCGUCACAGUUUCAAUUUCGUCUUUAUACAGGUUUAGAAUUUUGCGUUUUCUCUUGUUAGGUUGAUGGUGGCAUGGCCACGACUACCACAGGUAAAGAAGUCAACAAAAGAAGUAUAAGGGGGGGGGUAAAAAGCUCUUGUCAUGGAGUGCUCCACAGCCAAAAAGAUGCAGGACAGGUCUAAGGAGAUCAAUUUACAUUACAAAUUUAUGGUCUGUGAUGGGGAUAGUAAAGCGUAUGGAAGGAAGUAUCUGGCACACCUAUGGUUGUUGCGAUGAUUGCAAGAAAUGGGAGAAGAUUGACAAGUUUGAGUACAGGAAAUGGCGUGAGUCGAAGGAUUAUGAGGUAUGGAAGGAAAGUCAUGAAAGUGGAAAGGCUAAAUGUGCAAGAGUUUCGAAAUUGGAUUGUGUUGGCCAUGUCCAGAAAAGAAUGGGAACUCACUUGCUAGAACUGAGGAAAAAAGAACCAAAGUUGAAGGAUGGAAAGAACAUCAGUGAAAGGCAGCAAACACCGACUCACGGACAAAAUCCUAGAUAA